UGUGCAAGGGUCACGAAGAGUUAUCAAAUUACGUCCAUGAUAGCUUGUCUGACCUCUAAAGCUUUUUUCAAGUGUAAAAAUGUGAGGGAGUGCAGAAGGAGUGCGACACAAUGAUUAAAAUAAUUCAGUUGUAAGCAGUAGUUCAAUCUCGUUACCAAGGCAUUUUCUGGCCUGUGUCGCUGUAAAAAAGACUCAGUUAGAGCAGAAUCUGGAAGCGAGGAUAUGCAAUAAGCAAAAAAUAGUUUACAUAGAAAGGUAAGGAAGCAUUAUAAAGGAGGGUGUCUUUGAGACUUGUGGAAUUGUUAAAUGGAUCAUAUAUUACAGACUUUGUUAUGAAAACAAGUCCGGUGGAGAGUGUUGUUUGUUUGCCCUUCUUUAUCUAUUUUAUAUUUUACAAACUACUUCUUCCAAACAAGCAAAUUCUUGCAUAAAUGGUAUUGAAUGAAAAUUUUUGAUGUAAAUCAUGCUGGAAAAAAUAUCUACACCCAUUUUACUGGCCAUCAUACUGUAUCAUAGCUACCACUACUAUGCACAAUGGAAACUAUCGCAGAGCGUGAUUGCCUACCAUCAAGGUAAAAUGAAGACGACAGACCCUAAGCCGACAAAAAGCACUGAGCCACCUAAAGUUGUAAAGGUUACAGAUAAUGUAUAUGUUGCUGUCGGGUAUGCUCUCGCAAAUUCGAUUAUGUUGAUCGGUGACACCGGAGUUGUUAUUGUGGAUACAACGGAAUCAGUCCUUGCAACAGAACAGAUAUACAAAGAGUUCGAAAAAUAAGAUAAACCAAUAAAAGGCAUUGUGUACACCCAUAAUCAUGCGGACCACGUGAUGGGAACAAUAUCAUUUUUGUCCAAUGACACUGAAGUCGAAAUUUGGGCGCAUCACACUCUUGUGGAUACGUUUUUUCACAGCAUGCGAGUAGUUGGUCAAGCACACUAUUAUAGAAGCAUGCAUCAAUUCGGUGCAUUUUUAAAGGAUAAAUUGAUAUUUGCUGGUAUAGGAAAACGUUUAAAUUUAGAUGGCCUGUCUUCAAGGUUAAUUCCACCGAAUCGUCUUUUAUACAAAAAACAGCAAAGUAUUCAUAUUGCUGGAAUGGAUCUUGAGUUAAUGGAAAUUCCAGGUGAAACUGAUGAUCAAAUUGCAGUAUACUGGCCAGCCAAGAAAGUUCUACUUUGUGCCGAUGAUUUUUACAAAGCGUUCCCAAAUUUAUAUGCUAUACGUGGAACACACUACCGCAGUUUAAAGAAAUGGAAAGAUUCCAUCGAUACAAUGAGAAAACUGAAGCCAGAGUACCUUGUACCUAGUCACACAGAUCCUGUGAUAGGUGCAGAGGUUAUAUACAACAAGCUCACAAACUACCGCGAUGCAAUUCAACUUGUUCACGAUCAAACCGUUCGAAUGAUGAAUCUUGGUCUACAUCCAGACGAGAUCGCUAAUCGUAUCAAGCUACCUAAAUUUCUCGAAGAGCAGCCUUACUUGAAGGAGCUAUACGGAACGGUUAAAUGGUCGUCAAAAAGUUUAUUUACCGGUUAUAUGGGAUGGUUUAGUGGCGAUAUAGCUGAGUUGAGUCCUCAUACUCCUACUGAACAAGCUCACCGUUUGACAAAGCUAGCAGGUGGAAUUGAUGCGCUGAUAUCUGCUGCCGAGGAGUCAUUAAAUGACAACGAUCCACAAUGGGCGCUCCGCUUAUCGUCAGCUGCGUUACGAAUCGAUGGAAAGAUCAUGAAGGCAAGAGAAAUAAAGUCAAAAGCAUUGUUAGAUCUUGCUUCGCUGCAAACGAGUAUGAACGGAUAUAAUUACUAUGCCACUUGCGCUUACUCGACUAUUGAAGGAAAAGACUAUGUUCCCAGUAACAAGGCGAUGGUAAAACACACAAUUCGAAGUGUGAAAAUGGAAGAUCUGUUUUACUUGAUUUCGCUCAAGUUUAAAGCUGAAGAAUGCAUGGAUUUAGAUAAGGUUAUUUUGUUUAUAUUUCCUGAUACUAAAUCAAAGUUUUCGUUUCAUGUUAGACACGGUAUUAUGGAUCUAAGUGGUGGCUACAAUCGACAUGCAGACAUUAAAGUGACGGUUAACAGUGUAGUAUGGCGGGAAAUCGUAUCUGGAGAGCGAAGUGGAGUUUUAUCUGCGUUAAAAUCGGAUAUAAGUGUGGAACCUAGUAUUUCCGCGUUGCAAGAGGUGAUGGGAUGUAUCGACAAAUCAACUACCGUAUCGUCGUAAAAAUUCGGUAACACGACACGUAGGAUUACAUAACCAUAGCACGUGAUGCUGAGAUAAACUUUAAUUGGAACUUUUUAAAUUUCGUCCCCAAACCCUUCUGACAUUAUUGCGUGUAAACAAAUCAACAUAAACUGUGAAUAAGGUAGGGUGUUUAGCGUGCUGUUUUCUUGACCAUAUUUGGCCUAA